AUGUCUGACACUGAGGACAUGGCCCGCGAGGACGAACAAGAUGCUGGUGAGGAGCAAGAAGAAGGAGAGGAGACCCGGCCCAAGAAACCAGGCUUCGUUCCGGGCCUUGCAGCUCCAAAGAUCCCAGACGGGGAGAAGGUGGACUUCGACGACAUCCACCGCAAGCGCAUGGAGAAGGACCUGAACGAGCUGCAGACGCUGAUCGGGGCGCACUUCGAGGGCCGCAAGAAGGAAGAGGAGGAGCUGCAGGGGCUCACAGACCGCAUCGACAAGCGGCGUUCGGAGCGAGCGGAACAGCUGAAGGUCCGAGCCGAGCGGGAGAAGGAGCGUCAGAACAAAAUGGCGGAGGAGAGAACGAGGAAGGAGGAAGAGGAGGCCAAGAAAAAGGCGGCGGAUGACGACAAAAAGAAGAAGAUCCUGGGCAGCCUCAACUUGGGAUACAAGACCCAGAACAAGGGCAGCACCAAACGGCCCACGGAGCGCGAGAAGAAGAAGAAGAUCCUGAGCGACCGGAGAAAGGAGCUCAGCAUCGACCACCUGAAGGAGGACCGACUCAGGGAGAAGGCUGAGGAGCUGUGGGAGUGGAUGCACCAGCUGGAGGCGGAGAAGUUUGACCUCCAGUAUAAAUUCUCCCGGCAGAAGUAUGAGGUGACCGUUCUGAGAAACAGAGUCAGUGACCAUCAAAAAGUUACAAAGGGAAGUCGAAGCAAAGGCUUGAGGAAAUGAUGUCGCACUUCUCCAGGACAAACCGUGGGGGGCCUCACAGCCUUUAAUAGGUCCAUGCUCACAGCUCAGCCGACGCACGGACACCCUGCUCCCACAAUAAAAGUACCUGGCCAGGACCCUUGAUCCUAAAACCAAUGUGACAAACAAGAACGCUAUGGGAGGGGCAUCGAGAGAUCCGAACAGAUCCCUUCUAGAGAUAAAUGUGACAGCUAAUGACUAUAAUUACUAAUUAUAGUCAUCAGUUUGGCAAAUCCUCAUUAUUCCGAGGAUCUGUACAACUGAUGACUAUAAUUAGUAAAAAAAAGAGCGUACUGUAGCCUAAUAUACUGUAAUUGUGAAGCGGUGUGUGUGUGUGUGUGUGUGUGUGUGUGUGUGUGUGUGUGUGUGUGUGC